AUGGAGCUGGUGGUGCACUUAGAACGAGGUGGCCACGAGGACUGGGGCCUGGAGAUUAGCAGACCCUCGGAAGAUGCUCCUAUUGAGGUCAUUAAGGUGGUUCCUGGUUCUGCAGCCGACAUGUGCAGCUUGAAGGUCGGAGACGUUGUCAUGAAAAUGAACGGGAUCCCCACGGCUGGUCUACCCCUGGAUUCGGCGCGGCACGCAAUCGAAGAGGCUACGAGUCUAGAUUUCUUUGUGAGGCGUGGGCUGUACGACCCGGUUUUGGACGACCAGGAGCCGUUGCUGGAGUCGCCUCCACCGGCAGAUUUCGACCGACAGUCGGAACCAACUGAGGACGAAAUACGCGAAAUCGAAAGGAAAUCUUCGCUCCUCGCGUCCGCUAUAGAUGAAACAAUAAAAAGCAUUGAAGAAUAUAAAGAGUGUGUUGGCAUGGAGACGCGGACAGAAGUCACCGAAGUCAAAGAACAUUCGAGCAGCAAAACAAGUGAAUCUCGUACGAUCAAAGGAAUUCUGGUUAACGGUAAUAAUAGGAGAAGCGAAAAAUCUAAAGUUGACAUUUCUAAUGACGUAAAAGAAACAAAAACUGAAGUUAGUAAAAUCGAAGAUGAGAAUAAAAAUGUUAUUGUCAAUGAAGUGAAUACAUUAAAAGAUCAAGACGAAGAAAUCGUAAGUAAUGCUGUUGAGGUACAAGAAAAUAUGACAGCCACUGAAAGUAAUAACUCAAAGACAGACAAAAAUACCUCUGAAGUGUGCGUAAUAAAUUCGAAUAACAACGAAGAAAGAAUAGUCGUUUCCAAAGAACAUGCAGCCGAGAAAGCUGUCACGAAUAUUGAUAAGAUAGAUGCUGUAGCUAAUAAAGAACAAGAAAUCCAUGAAAAGAUUAAUGUAAAUGAGAAUUUGGAAGUUUCUAACUUUAUGGCGACGCUACCAGGUAAAGAUAUCGCAGAGAAACAAGCAGCGACCAAUGAAGUCCUUGUUUCUAUAGCUGAAGCCACACCACAAGCUAUAAAACAAAACAGUGCAAAUCCCGCUGGUCACAUAGAAGCUGCCGAUGCUAAUGCUAAACAGAUUACUGAUGAUAAUGCUAAAAUAGACUACCUGGAGUUCGUGAAGCCCGUCAAAUUUGAUCCUGAAGAGUGUAGGUCGCAGAGGACAACACCGGCUCCACCAGAUAUAGAGGAGCUACUAAGGCCUCACAGCGAGCCAAAAGUCUUUAUUACUGAUGAGGGAGAGCCCCUCGGCACCAUCCAAGGCAUCGUUGACGGCUUGGAACAAGCAGUGGUUGAUGAGGAUUUGGCUAAGGAGCUCGGGAAACCAGGGAUGAGCGAGGAGAAGAUCGCUGAACUGAUAUCCGGGGAAGCGGAGAUGUUGAGGGAGGCACACGUCAUGGGUUUGUCAAGAGUACUAAAUUCUCAUAUCCACCGCGCCGACGACAGCGUCGACUUCAAGAAGAUAAAGCCGAUGAUAGACUCGUUGAAGGACUCGGAAGUGCUAAAGGUGCUGAACGAAGAGGAGGAGAGGAAGGCGCUCGAGAAGAAGAAGAAGGAAGAGAAGAGAUGGACGACGUUCCUGCAGAAGCCGAAGAGGCCGGUCCCUGGGACCAGACUCGGACACCCUGGACACGUCGAGGAAACGGAAGCGGAUGUGGAGCCUUACAGAGUCAAGAUCGUCAAGCAGCCCAAGCCCAAAGUUGCCCCAGACUACAAACCCGAGGACUUUGAUACUGGUCCCCUGCCCUGGGAGCAGAGAGCGGUCGUAGACGCUUCGCUACCACCAGUUCAGCCUGAAGAGCCGAUCCUCAUUCCUGAAGAAGCGCCAGAAUUUGUGGAGGCCGUCGAUCCUCUACCCGAAACCGAGGUUCCUGACUUAGAGGAAACUGGUAUACCGCUACCAGAACCGGUAGUAGAAGACGCGCCGUCUCCAAUCGUUCCAGUCGAGGAAUUACCACCAGAGGCCGAGCCUAGCGAGGAGCUGGUCCUUGAUCAAGAGGAGGAAACUGAAAAGAUCGCUGUCGACAUGGAGGAAAACAGGAUUGCCGAGGAACUGAUGAGGAAUGUGCAGAAUUUGGUCGAUCCUAACGCUCCGCUGGAGAAGCAGCUGGUCCAGAUGCGAGCCCAGCUGGCCGCCUUAGCUCAGCUGCCGUGCGUCAUCCAGCAGACUUUGGAACAGGUCACCAAGCAACUCAUGCAGGUCUCACACCAGGAGGAACAGAGAUGUCAAGAAGAGCAGAAGAUGCAGUAUGAAUACGAGGAAGUGCAAGAACUCCAACAAGAAUCUUCGAAAGACAAAGAGCCGUCUCAAGUUGGAAUAGAGGAGAUGCUGCCCGUGAUCCAAGAGGAGGUCCUGACGCCGGUCGAAGCGACCCUCACUCGGGAGGAACUGGAGAUGAUGAAGAAAGAAGAGCAAGAGAUGAUAGAGGAACAGCUGAGGAUUGAAAAGCAAAAGAAGGCUCAAGAGUUGGAACACCAGUCGAGGCAGGUCAGACAGCAUCCGACGCCGAGGGUCGGGAAACCGAAGCCGAAAUUCGGCCCGCUCAACCCGGAGGAUCGGCCUGUAGUUUUACCCGGCGGCAAGCGGUGGAGGGGUCCCAGGGAUGUUUACAACGAGCGAGCUAUCGAAGAGACCCUGAAUGCUCAACUGGAAGUCAUCCGGGGAAAAGCUAUGGGGAUCAACUUCAUGAAAUACGAGAAGCCACCCGUCUCCCUCGAUCAUCUUCAGCACUCGGAGGUAUACAAGUUGAUCCACGAUGAAGAACAGACUCCCCUGAGGAGGGUGGAACUCCUCACUCCCGUAAUCGCCGAAGAAGACUACAGAGAAAGAUGUCGCUCCAGAACGCCUAAUAUCAUCAACCAUGCGAAAAUUCCACAGCAGUUACAGCCCUAAUUAUAAGUUCGUUAUUAACGUAACAUCACUAGUAGUUUUUAGAAAUUAAAAAUAAAAUGUCAAAUACAUUAAGGCACGUCUACACUGAUUACGUGUCGAUUCUUUUUGAGACAACGUACCUACCCGCGUUGUUUACACGGUAACGCGCAGUGUAAAA